AUGCGGGCCGCCAGACAUGAAAGUCGCCCGGGCCGACCGAAAUCGGGACUAGGUCCUGCACGCGCGCCCUCCAUUACAUCCUCUUCCUUUCAACUUCUCUUGCAAACUUCUUAUACUCAGCAUUGUCUGGCGCAGAACCUCAGACCGUUCUAUCCAAUGCAAACCGACUUUCCCGGGCCGGGCGGCUUCAAUAACCAGCCGGACCUCCGGCAUGCUCGUCUGAGCCGAAGACGGUAUUCGGAAACUGAGACAAACAACUUUGACGCCGAAACAGGACACCGUCUUUUCGACGACGGGCGCAUUCGGCCCAAGCAGUCCCGCACAGCAUCACCAAAGGCACCAGCGGCCCAAGGCCCGCGGCUCUACUCUCGCUCCCACAGCAGCCAGCGGCCCAUGCCUGAAUACGGCCUAGAGGACGAGUACGUGCCAGGGCUUGACUUUGCAGCAGAGCUUCUGCGAUGGCAAGAGGGCGUCCAUGUGCAAGUGGCACCGCAGCCGAUCCGAGACGCCAAACGGCGAGACCUAGGUCGCAGCGACAUGACCUUUUCUCUGAAGGAAUCGGAGGGCGACGACAUGAGCGGCGGGCGGCGCUUCGGGCGGCGCGAGUUUUCUGUGCCUGAUCUCAGCGUGCGGCGCGACUUCUCUGCGCCCGACCUUGUGUCGCGGCGCUCGCGCGAAACGUUUGGCUCGGCGUCGGUGGCCCCCAGUUUCAGCCUCCGGCAGCAAUUCGAUGCGCUUUCCGCGGCGCUCCCGCCGGACUUUCUCGACCUCCCGUAUUCGCAGCGCAAGCGCCUCGUGCAUCUGAUUUCGCCCACCGUGGACUUUGCCCAUUUCUCCGCCUACACCAAAAGCCGCAGCAACCCGGCCUCCAUUCUGCGGCUGUCCACCGUGACCCGACUUCUUGCGCGCGCGCAGGCGCCCGCGCCGCCGCGAACCAAUGUUGACGAGAAGGGCGCCUUCGUCAUGCACCACCGGCUCGGGCGUGUGAUCGGAUUCGGCGCGUGGGGCACCAUCCGCGAGUGUACGGCCCACGACGGAACCGUGCGGGCGGUCAAAAUCGUCCACAGCUCCCGCCAGCGAGUGUUGCAGGUGUUUCGCAAAGAAAUCUCAGUGUGGGCGCAAUUGCACCACCACAACAUUCUCCCGCUUCUUGACCACGUGGAGACGAGCGACACUAUUUUCUGUUUGACCGAGCGCAUCGGCGGCGGCACGCUUUUCGAUGUCGCGGCGCAAUGGGGCACCUACGAAACGUUUUCGCGCGAGGCGCAACAGGCCCGCCUCGCCACCACAGCGCGGUGCGCGCGCCAAAUCACUGCGGCACUAGUGUAUCUUCACCGCGAGUUGGGCGUGGUGCACGGCGACAUCAAGGUUGGAGAAUGUGUUGGUGGAUAA